UAUAACUGAACACGUGACUGACCACGGAAGUCGUUUCUAUUUGACCUCAACAACAUGACAGCUUGUGUUUAAGUUUGAGAAUAUCUUUUUUUAUUUUCAAAUGGGAAACCUUGUUUAUUGAGUUUACAAGGAUGAUUAAAGUAUUGAUGUAAUGGAUCCCAAUCUGUUGUACUGGAAGAGCCAUGGGGAGUCUGUAUUUAGUCGUUUAAAGAUCUGGGUGAAUCUUCUGGAUCCAUCAUCUCUGCUCACAUCAAACGCAGAAAUACAAGAAAGUCGCUCCCAACUUGGAGAUGGAGAAAUAAUCAACAAAAAGGAUGCACAUGCAUGGAACAUCUCUCUUUCGUGUGUCCAUGCCGAUUCUGGUUCUGCGCUUCCACUAGUUUUCCGCCCUCCAGCAUUUUUGCCAUUUACAGCUCCAUUGGUGGUUGCCAGCUUUUUGCCACAUCGAAAUAUCAAACCAACCUUGUUUUGGCAGUUUUUAUUACAAAGUUACACUGCUGGUUUCAACUAUGCCAACAGAAAUCGCUCCUCAGAGCAGGGUCACACGCCGUCUCUGAAGCAGCUCCUUUUGAUAGCGGGGACGGUCUCCUAUACAACAUGCGCAGGGGCCCUACCUCAAAUGAUUAUAAACCGUCUUGGUUUAAGAAGCAUACUCGUCCAAAAUUUCUUCAGGUUUACUGCACCAAUCCCACUCUCAGCUGCUCUUGCUUUCUUCAACGUGUUGACUGUCAGAGCGGAAGAAUGUGAAAAUGGUAUCCAAGUGUUCGAUUCCAAUGGUAAUUCUGUUGGCAUAUCUAAGGCAGCGGCAGAAAAGGCUGUGAUGGAAACUGCAUUAUCCAGAGCAGUACUAUUUGGCACAACUGCUGCUAUUCCCAAUCUCCUGGUUUCAGUCUUACGGAGAACAAGAUUUUUCCAGAAGAAUUCUCUGCUGGUCGCCCCUGUCCGUCACAUAAGUGUAGCACUCGUCCUCGGUCUGAUGAUCCCAAUUUCAUUCAGUCUCUACCCUCAGUUUGGAACGAUAAGGAGAGAAAAUGUUGACAAAGACCUGCAGGCCAAGGUGGCCGAAGAACAGUUGUUCUACCACCGAGGACUUUGAGCUCAAGUUAGUAAAACUGAAAGGGCUCGAAGCAAAUGAGAAAUAAGCGUCAAUAAGCAGAACAUUGCUUUUUAACAAUACAUUUAUUAUUACUCUGAAUAUUUUGAGCAUUGAUAGAUGCCAAAUACAAAUCUGUUCAUAAAAAAUAAAUGCAACCCUCCCAAUGUUACAUAAUUCUAUGCAUUGCAUCAUGUAAGGAAAUACUGAGGCGCUUAACCAUUCAUAGCAAAUGUACCCUAAAACAUGAUAACAAAAAACAUGGUAGAACCUGAAAACAAUCUGUAGGCAUGGAAUUAAAUUAUUAUUUAACUUAAAAUCAAAAA